CCGCAGACUUCCGAUGCCCGUCACUCUCAACAUGGGAGCGAGGAUGCCCGCGUGGUUCGACCUCAUGGGUCUCUCCCUACACAGCCAGGAGGAUGAAGUAGGAAUCAAGAAGGCAGCAGACAACAUCAAGGCCAUAAUUGACCAUGAGGUCAAAAAUGGGAUUCCCCCGAAUCGCAUAAUGCUCGGUGGCUUCUCUCAGGGUGGGGCCUUGUCCUUGUAUACCGCCCUGACCUGCGAGCAUCAGCUGGCCGGCGUUGUGGCCCUCAGCUGCUGGCUACCACUUCACCAGACCUUCCCAUCGGUAUAGUCACAGUCUUACUGGGGAGAAGUUAAAAUGGUCUUUCUGCCUCUUAAAUGUAAUACUUGUUCAAAUGUUACUAGCCAGUGUCCAAAAUAAGGACCCGUCCAGCAAAAUCUCUGAUCCACCGCACUGCACAGUGUGACAGCGUAAACAAACUAACGGGGCUAACAUCAGGUCGUAAAUGUGCAACAACAUUUUUUUCUGUCACUAGAUAUCGCACAAAAGCCAGAGACUGUGUCGUAUUAAGUUGCUGUGAGUUUCAAAUUUAAUAAUGAUAGUAAUACAUUGGAUUUAUAUAGCGCCUUUCACAAACUCACGGUCGUUUUACAAAAAAACAUGUUUUUUACCACCACUGAGCAGAAGGUGCCUCCUCUGUGCGCUGCCUGCAUGUCUGCAGCGCCAAAGAGUGCAUGAAAGUCAAGUGCACUCACUCUGCAGCAAAUCUGGGGAUGAAAACAUCGGAGCUGGUAGAGCCCGUCGGUGAGAGAAAUCAGGCUGAUUUGCAGUUCAGUUCAGUGCACGAUAACAGAAACGGAAGUUCAUAGCAUCUCUCCGAUUUGCUGAAAGUGCGAAACAGACCUCGGGACUUAUUUCCACUACUUUUGGGCGUGUAAUCUGAUUGCUGGAUACUG